AACAGCCAUACACAGAGAGGUGUUAGCUACAUCCUGCAAACCAUAACUAAGGUUAUCUUAGUGCAGUGCUUUGCACAACAGAAUAAGGCAUGCUGAGGCAGAGAUUACUUCAGGCUCACUGCCACGUAAAAGAGUUUGUGGCUUUCCAGCCACCCCAGCUGACUGGUUUGGACAGCAGACAAGAGAAACACAGAGGGCUGCCUGCAACCAUGCCUCCAGAAUGAUCUCCCAGGCUGGAGUCGUUCUCUCAGUGCUGGGGUUUGUUUGAUUCUGAAAUCUCAUCAACCUUACCACUUGAAGGGCUCAUUUGUCAUGUAAACAUCUCAGUUUCACAUACAUGGAAAAACAAAUGGCAAGUUUUACAGUUGGUUUUCCAGUAUGAACCAGAGUAAGGUCACAAGCUGACAUUGAUUUGUUACCAGGAUCUCAGGACACAACAAAAAUACUGUCUCACUGGAGUAUUUUGAACACUUUGAUUUUAUGCAAAAUGCCUGCUUCUUUCAUUAUUUGUAGAAAUAAUUAUUUCUUUCAACUUCAGUACUUGUUGAUCUCAGCUAAAGUAACCCGAGACAUGAUCAGUUAUGAUCUUCAACUGGCAGCACUCUGUUCAUAUUUCUCUGACAGCUUUUACAAAACCUUCUUGGAAGCAUAAACUGUGGUGUUGGGUUCUUCCCCCCUCCAUCUCCUACAAACAUCUAUCUCAAAGGAUGUGAGCAGAUGCAAACAGUAAUCAAGAAAUUAUACAAUGAUUUCAGAGGACGUUUAAAACAUUUUCCUUAACCACAGCCAGCCUGUUUCCUGACUACAUCUCCUCUCAUUUAAAAAUUUGCCAAGCUGUUUGGAAUGCUAAAAUUGGGAGUUAUUUUUUUUCCCAAUUUCUAACAGAGAUGAGGAAUACUUAAGAAAUCUGACCAGAGACUGAUAAUGUAUGUUUUACUUUAUCUGAUAGUAUGUUAUUCCUAAAGAAAAAAAAAGAAGAUAAGAAGCUAGAGACAAUCAAGUGUUUGCAGUUCAGUUCCCUCAGGAGGUUCACUGACUCUCUCAAUGACCAACAGAUCAACAUCUCCAGCUAGCUGAGAAGCAGCACAUUCCCUCUCAGCUUCAGAUGAGGGAGCCUGGUCAAAGACAAUGAUGCCUGCACGCCAGGACACAACAUGAAAGCCUCCUGUGGUCCUAUUUAUUGUAGCAACAGGCCCGGGCAACAGUUUGAUGCCAUGGUGAUCAUGAAUAACCAAACUCCCAGUGAUGAGAUAAGGGCAUUUCUACUGCUUGGACUUGCAACAGGGAGAAGCAGAUGGUCCCCAUUUCAUCAUGGGCUGUAACACAUCUAACAGGGUUGCUGCAGCACAGCUGUCUUCUGAGGAGCUACAGAACAACCAUGAAGCCAGAAGCCAGACUAUAAGUGACAGUGCUGACAGAACGUGGGCUGCCACCUCACAGGAGGGCGCAGCUUGGACAGGGGACACUUCAGAGAAUGGAAGCAAACUUGAAGUUGAAGCCAGCGAGGGAGGCUUUCCUGAGAAAUCAACAGAAAGAUUUACACCUUCUGAAAAAAGAAGCAACGCACAAAGCACAGAUGCAUUGCUCACCAGUGGAUUCAUUGGCAAAUCACAGCCCUUACAAGAAACAGAGAGACAAAAAUCAUCAGACAUUCUUGAGGAGCUGAGGAUGCAGGGAAUAAUCAGGAGCCAAAGUACUACUGCCAGGACUGGAGAAGCACAUGAACACAAGGUUAGGGAAAAGGAGCUAAACAGGAGACCACAACACAGUGCAUUUUAUCCAGCAACAGCCCGCCAAACUACAGGUAAACAGACUGAAAAGGACUGCCCAAGUUUUCAAAGUCAAGAAAGCACAGAUGCCCCUCAGUCAUCACCUUUACAUGGGGAGAUAAGUGUACCGCUGCAGGAAAUAACUGCAGAAGAAACCACAAGUUAUUACACUGAGGACUUUACCAUUGAGUCUGAUAUAACUUACAACUGUAUCAAUGAAACAAUCUGGAUCUAAGCCACCCUGCAAAGAAGGAACCUCUCUGCUCCCUGCUGCUUUUUAUCUCGGGGCUUAACUAGAUGAUUUAUCCUGAGCUGUGGUUACCUAUUUCACCUUGGAAAACUCUAAUUUCACAUUUUCACACACUAGUUGAGGGAAACAAAACAAAUAAGAAAAGGAAGAGGCAAAUUAGUGACCUGCCAGUCUCUAAGUUGGAGUACAUACAUAUGAACACGCUUCUAUUACACUUAACUCUAGAAUCCCCUUUUUCUAGAGAGCAGAGAACACAAGUUUGGAAAGGCAUUGUAAACAUAUGGAAAGGCACAAAAGGAGGAGCGUGCAAGGAAGAAAAAAAGCCUGAACAGCUACAAGAUUUGGGGUAGUAAAACACAGUGGAGACCUAAACAUAAGAACAGAGAGCUUUAACCUAUUGUGCAGGCAGAGAUAUGAAACUUCAGACAUUAAGGCAACAACAGGCCACAGGAACUUCUGUGUACACAGAGCAAGGACUAAUACUGAAACUGCAGUGGAGAAAACAACUAAUUGGCUGAGAUAUGCAAAGCACAGGUGAGUUACCCAUCCAGACAGGAAGAAUGUGAUCGGUCUCCAUGGGAAGGAUAGAACUGUUUCCAUAACAGAGCAAUAAAUUUGCAAUCUCUCAUUCCCUACCUGUUA